UAGUCGACUGCUGCUGCCGGAUCGUGGAACAGUUACACACAGCACCAGCAGCCAAACUUGUUGUCAUUCGAUUGUUCGAUCGCCGAGUCCAAACUGAAUGUUGUCCAUUUUCAUUUGACAUUUGUGUGUACAUUUCGGGAAUUAAGUUUAACCCCUUUUUUCUUUUUCUGUUGUCCAAAAGAUAAAAGGUGCGCCCAGAAAAGACUUUGUGUGUUUCAUGUCAAGAUGACGGACGACGUUACUGGGCCCAAUUUAAGUGGAUGCCGGAAUCCCCGAGUGAAUUUCGACGUCCUAUCCAUCAAUUGGAUUCUGGGAGAUCCGUGACGGCUUCAGCCGAGCUACAGCAGUGGCUGGCCCAGUAGAUUGACAUAGAACUCGCAGCCGGACAACACAGCGCGACGAAUAGAGGAUGGCCAGCAUUUUUGUCAAUUCCAGCACGAGCGCCGGCGACACUUCCGCCAAUUUUUCAGCCGGAGCCGUUCUCUUGCGAUUCAUCCUGGAUCUGGUCAAAGAUCAGCGCCAUCAAAGUGAAACUAUCGGUCGUGAUCAAGUCAUUGUGACAAACACUUCCGCAACUCCUGAUGCCGACCAGGAAUGGAUGGCCCAGCAUUUGCUGAUGCCCAUCUGGGCCUACCAGUCGGCCGCCGGUUAUUUGAUCUUCAUCAGCGUCCUUGGUCUCUUCAUGAACAUUGUCGUCGUCCUAGUCAUCAUCAACGACCCUCAGAAGUCGCCGCUGAAUUGGAUGUUGCUCAAUUUGGCCUGUUCCGACGGAAUGAUUGCCGGAUUCGGGACGCCCAUCUCGGCAGCUGCAGCUCUGCAAUAUAAUUGGCCUUUCAGCGAUGAAUUGUGUGUCGCCUACGCCAUGAUCAUGUCCACUGCAGGAAUCGGAUCGAUCACGACAUUGACGGCGCUGGCCUUGUGGCGAUGUCAACUGGUCGUGUACUGCCCGGCCAAGCGGAGCGGGGCCUUCGCCAAUCACCACAGCGGCGGCGGCGGCGGCGGCGGCAGCGCCAAACUGGGCCGAGUCCAGGCCGCCGUUUUGCUGACUCUCAUCUGGGCCUAUUCGUUGGCCGUCACUUGCCCGCCGCUAUUCGGAUGGGGACGCUACGACAGAGAAGCCGCCCACAUCAGCUGCUCGGUCAACUGGGAGUCCAAGAUGGCCAACAACCGGUCGUACAUCCUCUACAUGUUCGCCUUUGGAUUAUUCGUCCCCCUGGUCGUCAUCAUUUGCUCUUACGUCAGCAUCUUACGUGUAGUCAAAAAGACGGGCAAGUUCAAGAGGUCCAUGAUGGUGACGUUUCAGCCGACGCCGCAACACCAAAUCAGCGACCACCAAGCGAAUCCGACGGCAAAGAAAAUGGAACAGAAAAAAGGAAACGACGCGGCCGAGAAGCGAGUGACGGUGAUGGUGGCCUGUAUGGUCGGAGCCUUUAUGGCCGCCUGGACUCCUUAUUCCAUUCUGGCCCUCUUCGAGACUUUUAUCGGAGUCGCCGGCCAUUCCGGCGGACCAGGCAGGAACAUGUCGAACACGACGUUUAGCCUCGACGGCCAGCAGCAAUUCAACGACAACCAGCCGACGACCAGCAAUGAGGCAGACGACAGCCAUUUCUUUUAUUAUUACGUCGGAACUAUUUCGCCGGCAUUUGCCACCAUUCCGUCGCUCUUCGCCAAAACAUCCGCCGUCCUCAAUCCGCUCAUCUACGGACUACUCAACACUCAGUUCCGAUUGGCCUGGGAUAAAUUUACGACGCAGCUCCUGGGUCGCCAGCACCACCAACACAAUCACCGCCGCCAUAAGAAUAAACACCUGCGACACUUACUCAACUGCCCAAGCGGAUCGCCAACGUUAAAGCCGUCGGCGUCUGUCCACCUGUCGAUGAAAGAUAUUGUUUCCAACGAGUCGCAAUCGGCUUACGUCAUGCCCAACACGCACACCGGGCAGCCGGGCAUCAACUUAGCCAUCAGUCCUCCCAUUAUGCGUUACCUCAUCCAGCAACAACGGCGCCAGCCGUCAAAGUCCAGUCUCUUUGACGAACCUGAGACGUCCUUCACCUACCAACAGCCCAUCCGGAUGAAACCGUGCAAGAAUUCCCUGCAGGAUCAGCCGGAAGAGGAGGUCAUCAAGUCGGUGAUGCUGCUGGCAGUCGGUUCGAUCUCCGGGAGCGUCACCAACGACAACCCGAACGAAGACUCUGCUUUCUCCCAGCAGACGUCGUUCGUCGAAGAUAACACCAUCGACAGCGGGUUGGUCCUUCAUGGCGACACCGUCCCGUCACAGUCGCCAAUUAGGCUGCCGGCAACGACCCAAUCCAAUCAAAACGAUCGCAGAAUUAUCGACGAUGGCGAUGGCGUGGCCAAUGCUGUAAUAGGAGCCGACAACAUCAUCAGGAUCAGUUACAUCACGGCGUCUGUUGAUUGCUGAGCGGUUAUGGCCUCAUGGAAUCGGAACGGGAAAUUUGAUGACAAACUUUAUCGACAAGUUCAAAAUGAGGUGAGAUUACGUAGAGUUGACUAUCCUGUUGUAUAAUCCAAAAGUUCCGUAUCAUUUUAUUCAUAUCAAAGAUGACCUAUUUAAAUAUUGCAUUAGUUAUUAUUACGACAUCGGGUAAUCACCCUUUUCAAUUAUUUCCUACAGCCACCGGAAAUGUAAAUUGAUCUCACACGACGCUACUUGCAUAGUCUAUUCCUAUUGCCGAAUUGAUGUUUAUUCAUGAUUCCCACGGAACCUUAAACAAAUGCCCACUCUUAUUAUCAUGAUUAUUAUGCAAAUAAUCUCAAACGUUGACGAAUAUUAUUCUAAAUUUUAAGCCGUAUUAUGGCAAUUUGAGAAAAUGUUUUCCGUAAAAUAGUUGAUUCAAACGAAUAACCCACUGUCAUUAUAUUGCCCGUGUGUCUUUCCUUUCGCUUGUCAAUCACAACUCACAUUAUCAGAUUUAUUAUUAUAUUAUGGUCUAGAGCAUCUAGACAUUUAAAAAUACUACCAUAUCCAACAUAACCCAAAAAAAUUAUUCUGGAUGUACAUAUAUACUUGUUAGUUGUUACAAGUGUUUUUUAAACAUAGCUAAAAAUUGAUCACAGGGUUGUCUGUAUAAAUAAAACAUUUUACCGGGAAUUGAUUCCACGUGAUUUGUUUUUUUAGUUGGAAGUAUUACGGCUUCAACAUUUCAGUAUUCAAGAUGCGCUCUACAAAGGCUUUGCUGUCUUCCUCUCCGAUUGCUAUUUUUGUUGAGUAUUAUGCUAUCUACGUACAUACAACCGCAUUUUCUUUUUUCAAUAUAUAUUUCCGACAGUUGUGAUUGUCCAUCGGGAAA